AUGUCGUGCAGUGAUUACUUUCACCUGGGAGAGAGAAAUCCUGAGAUCAAGCCUCUGUUUAAAAGUGAGGAAUUUAUCCAGAGUGGUCCAACUGCUGACGAAAGUUCAGACGGGUCCCUCUCUGGGGUUAUGCAGAAGUGGAAGGAGUAUCAGCUCCAGUGCCUGAGAUACUUGUAUGAGGCACCCCCCACUGUGGCAGAAGGCAAGUUCUGCAACAGAACAUUUGACAAUUACGCCUGCUGGCCUGAUGGACUGCCUGGCACCUAUGUGAACGUGAGCUGCCCCUGGUACCUCCCCUGGGCUAACACAGUGCUGCAUGGGCAGGCUUACCGCUUCUGCACCGCUGAAGGGACCUGGCUCCUAAAGGAGAAUUCGACCCUGCCAUGGAGGAACCUGUCCGAGUGCGAGGCCUCUGACCGGGAUGCACCAGAAGAACAGCUCCUGAAUUUGUCCAUCAUAUACACCAUUGGAUAUGCUCUUUCCUUCUCUGCCCUUGUAAUAGCAACUGCCAUUCUUCUUGGAUUCAGACAUCUGCAUUGCACCAGGAAUUAUAUUCACCUGAACCUUUUCACCUCUUUUAUCCUCCGUGCCAUAUCAGUCUUCAUUAAGGACUCCGUGGUGAAAUGGAUGUACAGCACAGCUACACAAGAGCACCAGUGGGAAGGACUUAUCUCCUUCCAGGAAUCGCUCAGCUGCCGUUUGGUCUUCGUGCUGAUGCAGUACUGUGUGGCUGCAAACUACUACUGGCUGCUGGUGGAAGGCAUGUACCUGUACACACUGCUGGUACUUUCAGUCUUUUCUGAGCAGAGAAUUUUUCGGCUUUACCUCUGCAUUGGCUGGGGUGUGCCAAUGCUGUUUGUUAUCCUCUGGGGAACUGUCAAGUACCUUUAUGAAGAUGAGGGUUGCUGGACCAGAAACUAUAAUAUGAAUUACUGGUUGAUCAUCAGGCUGCCUAUUCUAAUCGCCAUUGGGGUAAAUUUCCUGAUCUUCAUCAGAGUUAUAUGCAUCAUCAUCUCCAAACUGCAGGCAAAUCUGAUGUGCAAAACUGACAUAAAAUGCAGGCUGGCCAAGUCUACACUGACUCUCAUCCCACUGCUGGGGACCCAUGAGGUCAUCUUUGCCUUUAUUACUGAUGAGCAUGCCAGAGGGAUGCUGCGCUUUGUGAAGCUUUUUACUGAACUCUCCUUUGCUUCUUUCCAGGGGCUGAUGGUUGCAAUUCUUUACUGUUUCAUCAAUAAUGAGGUUCAGAUGGAGUUUCGUAAGAGCUGGGAGCGCUGGAGAUUGGAACAUUUAUAUGUCCAGAGGGACAGCAGUAUGAAACCACUGAAGUGUCCAGCCAACAGCAUCAGUAGUGGAGGCACGGUAGGCAGUAGUGUCUACGCUGCCACUUGUCAGGCCACGUUCAGCUAAGAUUUCUACAGGUGAAUCAGACUGUGAACAAUGAACUGUACAAUAUACGUGAAAACCCUUAAAUACCCAAGCAAGUGGCAUAAGUAUGCCAUCUCCAGCCAGAAACUUAAGCAUACACUGCUCAUUGCCUGCAGGCUUUUGGACAAAGGUUUCUGGGGAAAGCAAUCUGCUAAUCGAAUGAACGCAUCUGAGGAAAAAACUGAUCAUGUCUAAAGUUAGUUAACCGAGUUUCUGCCUAUUUGUACACAAGGCCUCCAGGUGCCCGAAACUUAAGCAUAGCAUUGAUCCAGCCUGAAACCACCGGGUCAAUGGCUUAUUAGCUUGAGAGGGCGAGCUGAAUGAUUGACUGAUUAAAUUACAAAGAUACAGAAUAUGAUUAUUGGCAAAAAAAAAAAAAGAAAAAAAAAAGAAAAAGGCUUUUAUGGGGGCAGGACAAGGUGCUAUCACCAGUUUCAGAAAGAAUAACUUAGUGGAACACAACAUGUGCUUUAGGAAAGAAUCAGUUUUGCGGUAAGAGCUUCCUAAAGUUGUAAGUUCAAAGUA